CUUUUGAACUGAGAGAGAAGGGCUGUUCCUCCAGCGCAACACCAAGGUUGCCAGCAUUGCUUGGCAGUCAACACUUUGGCAUCUCACAAGGCCUUCCACAAAAGUGCAACGCAACGUUUGAACCCAGCGGUUGCGCCUUUGAGGUUCUGCAAAAUCAGGGGCCAAAAGCAAAGGGUUUUACUUUGACACUGGACGGAAAGAGCGCGUCGGCCUGUUGUUAGCUGCGGGAGGGGCGUGGUUCCAAGCCAGGAUGCAAAGUGUGGCUAGCACGAGUGGUUGUCACUAUUCAGGGAUGGCGGCGGCAAGGGUAUGGCCUGCGGCAAGGGCGCUAGAGAAGGCCAUCGCACGGCAUGUCCUGCCACUCAGGAUAUCCCGAGGCGUGUCCGCCCCGAGUCUUCCCCCCACAUUUCACACCAGCUCCCUCCCUCAACCUUCCUGUCACCACAGCCUAUUCUCGACCACUUUCAUUCCCCCCAACCUCUGGUCCUCUGCAAGCAGCUCCCCCCUCUUGCCCUCCUUAUCUCGGCGGCCCCUGUCUGUUGCGGCGGUCGCCUCCACCGUGCAAGAGAGUGUUGCGGAGGCCCCACAGCAUGUGCCUAAAAAGCCGGAUGGACCGCCUGAGAGGGAACGAGUGGAGCUGCCCACCAACGACUCCUCAGAAACCCUCUUGAAGAUCCGUCACACGAGCGCGCAUGUGAUGGCGAUGGCGGUGCAGAAGCUGUUCCCCGGGACACAGGUCACGAUUGGUCCCUGGAUUGAAAAGGGCUUCUACUACGACUUUGACACCAAGGAGCCCAUCACGGACAAGGACCUCAAGAAAAUCAAAAAGGAAAUGGCGCGCAUCAUCAGCAAGAAGCUGCCGCUGACGCGGGAGGAGGUGACGCGUGAGGAGGCACGGAGACGGAUUGAGGAGAUCCAAGAGCCGUACAAGCUGGAGAUCCUAGACGGGAUCAAAACGGAACCAAUCACAAUCUACAAAAUAGGGGAGGAUUGGUGGGACCUGUGUGCGGGGCCGCACGUGGAGCACACGGGGCAGUUGCCGGUGAAGGCGAUUGAGCUGGAGACGGUGGCGGGGGCGUACUGGCGGGGGGACGAAAACCGGCAGCAGCUGCAGCGCAUCUACGGAACCGCCUGGGAGAACGAGGCGCAGCUGGCGGAGUACGUGUACCGCACGGAGCAGGCGCGGCUGCGCGACCACCGCAAGCUGGGGCAGGAGCUGAAGCUGUUCAGCAUCCAGGACGAGACGGGCAGCGGGCUGGUGUUCUGGCACCCCAAGGGCGCCAUGAUCCGCAGCAUCAUCGAGCAGUACUGGAAGCAGCAGCACCUGCGCAACGGCUACGAGCUGCUCAGCACGCCGCACGUGGCCAAGCUGGAGCUGUGGAAGACGAGCGGCCACUUCGACUUCUACAAGGAAAACAUGUUCGACCAGAUGGCGGUGGAGGACGAGAAGUACCAGCUGAAGCCGAUGAACUGCCCGUGCCACAUCGCGAUCUACAAGGACAGCCUGCACAGCUACCGCGAGCUGCCCAUCCGCUGGGCGGAGCUGGGCACCGUCUACCGCUACGAAAAGUCGGGCACUAUGCACGGCCUCUUCCGCGUGCGCGGCUUCACGCAGGACGACGCGCACAUCUUUUGCCUGCCGUCCCAGAUUGCGGACGAGAUUUUGGGCGUGCUGGACCUGACGGAGGCCAUUCUGCGGCAAUUCGACUUCACCAAGUUCGAGGUCAACCUGUCGACGCGCCCCGAGAAGGCCGUCGGCAGCGAUGGAAUCUGGGAGCGCGCCACCACCGCGCUGCGCGAGGCGCUCGACCGCAAGGGCUGGGAGUACGGGAUCGACGAGGGCGGCGGCGCGUUCUACGGACCGAAGAUUGAUAUUAAGAUCGAGGACGCGAUCGGGCGGCGGUGGCAGUGCUCCACUAUCCAGGUGGACUUCAACUUGCCGGAGCGGUUCCAGAUGGAGUACCAGGACGCGGACGGCGAGCGCAAGCGGCCCAUCAUGAUCCACCGUGCCAUCUUCGGCUCGCUCGAGCGCUUCUUCGGCGUCCUCAUCGAAAACUACGCAGGCGACUUCCCGCUGUGGCUGGCCCCGGUGCAGGCGCGCGUGCUGCCCAUCACAGACUCGCAGGUCGAGUACGCGCACCGCGUCGCGCGGCAGCUCAAAGCGCACGACAUCCGGGUGGAGGUGGUGUCAGGGGAGCGGUUGCCCAAGCUGGUGCGCAACGCGAAUGCGGACAAAAUUCCGCUCCAGCUGGUGGUGGGCAAGCAGGAAGAAGAGCACGGUUCGGUGGCCAUCACCGCGCGGGGGCCGAACGGGGAUCGGAAGCUGGGGGAGGUUGACGUGGCCGAGCUGGCGGAGCGGUUGAAGGUGGCGGAAGCGGCCAAGAAAAGGUGGUUCGACUAGAGGGGACAAAGCACCGUGCGAGGUGUGUUGCACGCUUAAGGUAGCUCGGUAGUGUUGGCUGCAAAAUGGGGCCGACUUUGUCACACCUGGAUUCGUGUUGAUGGGCUGAAACUCUAGGCCGGAAGGCAGCCGGUCUGCUGGUUUAAGUGAGCCAGAGACCGUUUGUCUUCAAAAGAACAGCGGGGGUCAAUGGUCCCAAACCUGUCAAUCGUCAGGUAUGCAUAUUGAAGGUAUCAUGCACAUCAAGCCAGCGAGCUGCCAUACAGUACGCAUGGCGGGCAAAGAAUGUACUCAAUGAUGCGGCACUUAUAAGCUGCACACAGCUAGCCCCGAU